ACAUGCUUAUAAUAUAUAAUUUGCCUAUUAUUAACUUUUUGAAAGGAAGAAGAGGAGAAGCAGAAAACAAUCAUGGCGGAGGCAGAGCCGAGUUUCAACGGCCAAAGAUGGUCUCUUAAGGGCAUGACCGCCCUCGUCACUGGCGGAACCAGAGGCAUUGGAUAUGCCAUAGUAGAAGAGCUAGCUGGAUUUGGGGCGGCAGUGCACAUUUGUUCCCGUAACCAGACAGAGAUCAAUGAGAGGGUUGGAGAAUGGGAAAGAAAAGGGUUCAAAGUAAGCGGUUCAGUUUGUGACCUCAGUUCAAGAGCCGAGCGGGAGAAGCUGAUUCAGACUGUGUCCUCUGUUUUUGACGGCAAGCUCAACAUCCUUGUAAACAAUGCUGCAACAGUGAGGCUCAAAGAAGCUACAGAGCAUACUUUUGAAGAUUACUCGACUAUAAUGAGUACCAAUAUUGAGUCUCCCUACCAUCUUUGUCAGCUUGCACACCCACUUUUGAAGGCAUCAGGAGUUGGAAGUAUUGUAUUCAUAUCCUCCGUCGCUGGUGUGAUAGCUCUACCUUAUGUGUCUGGCUAUGCAGCAUCCAAAGGUGCAAUCAACCAAAUAACGAAGAAUUUUGCAUGUGAAUGGGCAAAGGACAAUAUUCGCACCAACACUGUUGCCCCGUGGGGUGUCAAAACAACAAUUACACCACCUGAUGAUCCACAUGCAAAAGGUCUCGGGCCGCUCAUCGCUCGAACUCCCAUCUGUCGUCUUGGAGAGCCUAAUGAGAUUUCAUCAGUGGUGGCAUUCCUCUGCCUUCCUGCAGCUUCAUACAUCACUGGCCAAAUAAUAUGUGUUGAUGGGGGAUACACAGUGACUGGUUUCUAGCCGGCCGGCCAACUCAAUAUAUGAGUUAUCAAGCAGCAAGCUCUAGCUCGCGCGUGAGUAGAUCAUAUAAUAUUUGAAGUUUGUUGCAUGCGUUCGAAAUUUUCUGCAAAUGGCCCUCAAUAGAUCAUAUAAUAUUUGUAUAUUUUAUAUUGCCAAUAAGGUAUGGUUGAUGUGAUCAGUAAGGCCCAUCAAUUCGUAUGAUCAAUGCGAUAAUAUGACUAGGCCAUUGAUACAUUUCUAAAAGCAUGGUUUUUUUAUUAGGCUAAAUCCUAUGUGUGGAGACCAAUUUAAAGACUCUUUUAAUUCCAUUUUAUUAAUUAUGAUGGGCCAAUAUGUAUGAAAUUAUGGCUUUAUAA